GAGGCGAUGAGUGUGAACCUGCCGGACUUGGGACCGAAAACGAGGGAAGAAGGCAAUGCUGCAAUGUGCAAUGGAAAAGCAUCUCCAGCUUGCUCUCUGCCAGCAAUCUUCACCGGGCAAAACAAGUACCAUGCACACAAAACCUUAGAGGACAUGCUGGUUCCAUACAGGAGUGGAGAUUACCGGCUGAAGUUCCCUCCGAUCAGCGAGGAACCAAAGACUUAUGAACUGACAAAAAACCUCAAAAUUAAAAAUCUAAAGAGACAAAACGGUGACCUACAGCUGGAGCUGGUGGUAGUCAAGACGCAGUCCAAAGUGAUGAAAAAUGUCCUCCAUCGACACACGGUGGCAGUGCAGGAAUACCAACGAUUAGAAGGCAAUUUAUCUCAGAUACAAGAUCAGCACAUCAACGAGGUCAAGGGCAUGCGAAACUUGCUCAGGAAGACGCGCUCCAGCUGUGACGUGCUGGCAAAGAAGCUGCAGGACUCCGAGAAGGAGUUGUUGGACUCAAAAGACAAGAUCCUGCAGCUCGAAUUGCAGAUCCUACAUAAUCCCUCCAUGCUGGAAAAGGAAGAGCUCAGUUGCAGGUUGGAUGAGGCUACCAUAGAUCUGAAGGAGAAAAACAAGCGGAUAUGGGAAUUAGAGAGGAAUAACAAGUUGCUUCAAAGCACACUCCAUCGCCACAUAGCAGAAGAGCAAAAAAAGCUGUCCAAGACCAACGAUGUGUUCUACUGUCUGCAAGCACGAGUUUAUGAGUUAACCAAAGAAAUUCAAGAACGACAGAAAGAACUGGAUCACCACAACCUACCUGCUCUCAGAUUCCAACAUUUGGCAUACAAAAAAGAAACAUUUAACAAGAUGGUCCAGACUGAUGAAAUAGUCUCUACACCCAGUGAGGAUGGGAGUCCGGUCAAGUCGGAUUCUUCCGAGCCUGACGAUGAGCUGCGAAAAUGGCUGAGAUCAACCAGCACAGAUAAUGUACCAGUGGGGUCAUUCGUCGUUAAAUACCUUAAGAGGAAUGUGGAGCAAACGGAGAAAUUUACAAACUUUAAGGAAAUCCCUGAUCGCCAAAUGGCAGGAGACUGCAGUGAAAGAAACAAGGUAACAGAGGCUUCACAGGAGCCUGUAGACGAGGACCAGGAUCAGGAUUGGACGCAACAGUGUCCAGGCUCUUGCAUAUUUGCUCACACUAUCGCCACAACACCACCUCAACAAAAAGGACACAAACACAUCCAAUUUCGCCGUAAGUACGCGUUCACACCAGUGACUAAAAAUCUGCAUUUGGGGAAACCAGCCUACAGCGGUUUGGACCAGAGGUCACAUGACAGUCAGACUCUUAGAAACUCACCAAGUUGGAAAUCAGUCAUCAAUACAGAAGAAGAAGAAGCCCCUCAAUAUGACUGCCCGGCUACCCAAAUGGAGCUAGGUCCUUUUACCUCAAAUCAUGAUGACAAUUUUGAGUCUCCCAGUGGUUCACACACAUGGAGUUGAUAUUUCUACAUGUUGAACAGUGUUGCGAAGUCUCCUCAUUCAGGAAAGUCAUAAUUGGCUCUCUUAAAUGUAGCUAGAAGUUGUUGUGACCUUCAUUUCCAUAUUUGUUUGCAUUUGGAUUUGUUAAAAUUCAAAUAAUUUUGAUACUUGUAAGAGCAGACUGUUCUGUCGUGUGUUCAGCAUAACUUUAUAAAACAUGUUGGCAUGACAACUAAACACAUGUAGUAGAGUGGGACAGAACAUAAAUCAUAAUUUCCCGAAAUGUUUUUGUACAACUGCCUCAAAAGUAAAAUAAAACUUCAA